AGGGUCAGAUUGGAAAUAUUCAGCUUAGGCUCAGAUCACCACUGGACAGGACAGAGAGAGGAGGGUGGAGAGAGAGGAAAAGAAGGGAAAAGUUUAAUACAGGUACAAGUAAUCGAAGAAUGGGCAACAAAAACUAGCAUAAAACUAGGGGGAAUAAAUUGAAAGAAAGUACAAUAGAAAAUAGAAUAGAUGAGAGGUAUGGGCUGUUCAGUUCUUUGUGUUAUUCUGCUGUCCUCACUACUGUGCCUCUAUGGGGUGCAAACUCAGGGAUUGAAAGAACGGGAUGCACUCUGCAGCGAGGAUGGGUGCUAUGUGCUCUAUUUCCAGCGCAAGAUCUUCCUGGAUGCUUGGCGUAGCUGCAAGGAACACGGAGGGAACCUGGCCACCAUCAGGCAUCCAAAGGAAGCAGCAAUGGUGAAGGAGCUCUUCUCGAAUGUGGAACUGAGACCACACCACAGAGACAGGGCAAAUAUCUGGAUUGGCCUUCAGAGGCAGCCCCGACAAUGUUCACAGACCCGACCCCUGCGUGGCUUCUCGUGGAUCACUGGAGAUCAGGACACCCAGUACACUAACUGGCUCCAAGAAAGCUCGACCAGUACCUGCCCAUCCCCACGAUGUGUGGUGAUACCUUACAGCACUGCGGCCCAUGAGCAAGUGCAUAAUCUGAAAUGGAAGGACGGACCUUGUUCGAUUUCAGUGGAUGGCUACCUGUGCAGGUACAACUUCCCAGGCAUGUGUACAGCUAUUGCUAGUGAGGGAGGUGGGAAUACACUGUAUACUACCCCUUUUAACCUUCUGAGUACCCUCUUAACACAUAUGCCAAAUGGAUCAGUUGCAACUGUACCUUGUCCUGCUAAAGAUGACCAAUCAAUUCUGUGCACACAAAAGGAAGAUGGAACUGUAGGUUGGAACAGGGAACCACCUUUUUGCUCUGAUCCACCUAAGACAAGCAGGUGCGAUAAAGACAAUGGAGGUUGCCAUCACAUUUGCAUUGAUGAUGACUCACAAUACCGCUGUUCUUGUCGUGAUGGCUACAUGCUGGCAUCUGAUGAACGGAGCUGUGUAGAUGUCGAUGAAUGCCUACAGAGUCCCUGUGAGCAUACCUGUGUAAAUGUUCCUGGAUCCUUUGAGUGUCACUGCUGGGAUGGCUACGGACAAAAUGAAGAGGGUGCCUGUGAAGAUGUAGAUGAGUGUUUGGACAACCCUUGUGAGCAUGAAUGUAAGAACACAUUGGGCUCCCAUAUUUGCCACUGCCAUGUUGGUUAUGCCCCAUUACAAGAGAACCAGAAUCGCUGUCACGACAUCGUUGAAUGUCAAAUUGAAGGAACAUGUGAACAGAUGUGCAUCAGUAACGCAGGAUUCUUUGAGUGCCACUGUAAAGACGGUUAUACUCUUCAGCUUGACCAAAAUUCCUGCAAACUCAUUGAGGAGGACAUGGACACUCCCUCAACCACCGUCUCCAACCCAUGGAUUACUCACAAUCCCCUUAGGGAAUCAGAAGAUCCAGAAUACCCAUGGAUCCCUCCCCCUGUUUCUGAUUGGAGCUGGCUGACUGAGCUGCCCAAUGUGGAAACAGUUCCGACAGACCUGAUUUGGACAACUGAAAAGGAACCUGAAAGGACUACACUGACUGAAAGCUCCCCUGAGGUCAUUAAUGUUGAUGGUGACCUUAAUACAGAACUACCAGCUUAUAAUGGUUUUUUUCCACCAGCAAUUCUGACACCCGUACCAGACUAUUAUGAGGAUGAGAGCACCAUGGUUCCCACAGUCCUCCCUUCCUCCACAGCUUCAGGCGGAGCUUGGAGUUUGCCCUGGUUCAGCUCAACCCAAACAAAACCGGAGACACAAGAAACUGCAACUAACCCUAUUGACCUUUUUGGAGAACAUAAGUCUACUGAACAAGAUCAUUAUAAUACUGACAUGUAUGUUGAUAAAUCAACCACCUUUGGUCCAGGGCAGCAAACUUCCACCCAUUCCCCAAUGCAGUCACCAGGAAUAGAUGUCAGCAUUGACCAGAAUCAAGGAACCAGCUGGUUGCUAGUUGCAUUGCUAGUGCCACUUUUCAUCUUCAUUGUGGUGAUGGUGGUCCUGGGAAUUAUCUAUUGUACUCGCUACACUGUUAAACCACAGAACAAGAACACCAGCGAUUGCUAUCACUGGAUUGCCGGUGCUGGUGAUAAAGCAGCUGCUGACUUGUCUGAUAGCGUAACCAAAACCCAUGUUUAAGCAAGUAGGACUGGACAGUGUGAUAAUGUAAAUACAUUUUGUUUUGUAACUUCACAGUUCCGAGAAGAAUUUGAUGAAUUGAGGGUAGCACCCCAUCCUUUCCCUUUGACAUUAUUAUCCAUAAUUAUGUAUGGAUGUUUAUCUGGACAGUCUGCUUAAGUGAAAAACGGGAGGAAUGACUCUAAAAUCACUGAACCUCAUUCUCUGCUGUUCUCAAGAGGCAAUAAAAGUUGUUCUACUGUUGGUCACACUGAUCUCUUAGUUUGCGAAACAGUUGCUCAACGGUCACAUGACAAACCAUAGAGCAUUCUUAAUAGAUGAGGAUCCUCGGUUGAAUAAUGUGGGUUAUUUAUUUUUAAUUCUGAAGAAACUUUCCAUCUGAAUAACUGUUUGAGUCAGGUCUUAAGAGAUGUGUUCUCUAAGGAGCCAUAAUUUCAGUCCAUUUUGACAAUGUCUAGAUUUGUAUUCCCUGUUGUGAUUUCAGUCUGAUCCAGACCAAGAAAAAGUCUGUCUAUCAUAUUUGUUAAACGCUGUUUUUACCAAAUGGUGCCUAACAAGAUCAUCUGAAAAUGCUU